GCAUCAUUCGUGGUGGACGUCGUGCCUCCGUGCUUUUUCCGGAUCGGGCACCGCCAAAGUUGAACUUCGAAGUCGCUUUGGCAGAGGGUGCGCCGGAAGUGGACGAGACGCUAGAAGACCGCGAUAAACGUGCUGACUUGCUGUUCUUAAAAAAAGUCGCAGCAUAUGAAGAACUGUUGAAGAAGGAGGAUGAACAAGCAAGAUUGGGAGCUGGAUCGAGCAAAGGUACUUAUAUAUAUUUAAUUUCUAGCCUGUGGCUGCGUAAAAAAUACAAUUAAUAUACGUCUUAUAUAAAUAUAAUCCUCGCCCCCUACAAACUUAGGCUUGUCCCGUGCAACAAUAUAUAAUCCUCGCCCCCUACUUAUUGAAGAUACCUACUGCAUAACUACAGCGUUCUUCUGUGUCCAAAAUUUAUCCAUUUCUCGUUUUUCACGCUGCUCGUUGAUGACUAUUCUUUACUUGUUCCUCGACCAUCCAUGAAGCUGCUCCACUACCAGGCAUUCCCGAAGACCCUCGUAUCCGUGACGUCCGCCUCAUGCACGAAGCCGGCAUUUCGCACAGUGAGUUGGAGCAGCUGCUUUUCCGCUACGACGACAACCGCAUCCGGGAUCCUAGCGUGCUCCAUUUCGCUGCGGAGCAUUUUGUGCAGUACAAAAUCCAGGAACAAAAGUCCAACAAGAAAGACGCGGACACACAGACUAGGGUUAUGACAAAUGAAGAAAGUCAUGAAGCGCCUGCCGGACUUGUUCUUGGAGGAGGAGCAAGUGGUCCGGGAGGCCCUGGUAUUGUAGCUGGUGUUCCAGGUAUGGGUGGCAUGAAAGUUCGUCAAAGUGUUGGCCACUGGUAUUUCAACGAGGAAUUUCCGGGAGAUAUGCAGGAAGAGGACGUCUACGAUCCGAGACCUGGAGGAAGGGCCUCUAAACUGGUGAAUGCACGAUUAGAAACGGAAGAUCUCCAGGCGAUGGAGAUGGGCGCGACGCCUUUGAGGGCAGGGAAAGUACCUCAGAAGGAUGGAGCGAUUAGCUUAGGAGAUCGCGUAAUCCGUCGGAGUUUCCAGGGUGCUCCGGCGCCCGUUGGGAAACCAAGAGACGCGUUCGAUUUGGCGGUUCUGGAGCAGAAGUUAGGAGCCGAACAAGGAAGCUUAGUGGGAGAACAAGGACGACUUGGAAUGGGAAUGACUCCUCCGAUCCUGGCUGAUCGAGGACAACAAACUAGUUUGGUUUUCAACAACAAAGUUGAGGACGGAGAUGAACAAACUACUCUGGUUUUCAACAACAAAAAUGAGGACGGAGAUGAACAAACUAGUUUGGUUUUCAACAACAAAGUUGAGGACGGAGAUGGUGUUCCUAAAACUCGCUCGUCUACUGCAGUAGAUCGCGCAUCUUUACUUUCUCCACGAGAGAAUAGUAACACGAGGGCGAAGUCCACGUGGCCCAGAGGUCUCGACGUCGCUCACGACGACACUGUGACACCGAAUGCGCGGUUGCGAAAAGGAGAGACGAGCGCUUCGAAUAAGGCAAAUCCGG